UGGUUUGGAUUUUUUCAUAGAUUGAAUUAAAGUUACAAUAGUUAUGUUCUCUUCUCUAUCACAUUGAUAUUAAGCUUUGAAUUCUCUUAUUUCGUUUUAAUUUUACCGCCCUCAACAUGUUUGAUGAAAUGCUUUAACCAUAUUUCUGGUUGGUUUUAUAAUUUCUAGCUUUUAAAAACUUAGUAAGUUGAUUGCAUGUGAAAUUAGAAUAAUUGGAUCUUAGUAAUUAGGAAAUUUUAGCUGCACAAAUAGCAUCUUUGCAGAAAACAUAUUAGCAUGAUGAUUCCACUUGCAUUAGUGUUCUUCUGGUAAAUUUGAACUGAUUACUGUGAACUUGUUAAUUUGUUCAUUGUUCUUGUGUUGUUGUCUGUUACUUUUAAAGUUUUAACUUUUUUUUGUUUUUGUUGUGAUUUUCUGUUCUUGAUUUAAGCUGUGAUUGAAGGUUCUUUGGUUUGGGUAUUCUUCACUUUCCUGUAAGCUUAGCUUUUAAUUCUUUGAGCAUACACGUAUCAAAUCAUUGUUUUCAGCAAUGGUGAUUUUUAGAUUUUUUUUGGGUUGCUUUGUUUUAAAUGUUCCUGUUGUUGUUGUUGUGUUUUUGCCGUGAUUUAAAUGUUCUUUUGAUUUUUUUUUUCCGAAUGCCCAGUCAGUACUUGGUUGACUGGUUUUGCUCACUGAUUGUAUUUGAUGAUAAAUUUUAAAUUGAUAACUCUAUUACUGCUUUACUGUCUGUUUCUGUCUAUUACUGAUUCACUGUUCCUUCAUUGCUUUUUUUUGUUGUUAAUCAUUGUGAUGAGCUUUGUUAAAAUUGGGUUGAAAACUAUUAAUCUUUCUUCAUUUUUCACUGUUCUAACUUCUGUUCUUAUUAAAAAAUUUGCAAUUGGUGAUCUUUUGAUUUAUUAUAUGCUUCAUGUUUUCAUUGUUCUGUUCUUAUGAAGAAAAUAUUUGCAAUUAGUGAUUGUAUGAUUCAUGUUUUGAUUGUUCUGUUAUAAAAAAAUUCUGUUUUCAUUGUUUUGUUCCUUGUUUGGUUGCACUGUCCCUGUUCUUGAUCUCUGCCGACUUGCUACCCCUCCUCCGUGUUGGAUUUUUUUUUGUUUCAGCCUCUGUUGUGUGUUUAUUGUGCAACACUAUCAUUUUUUGUUUUACUUUUUGACUUAGCUACAUUAAGACAAUAUUCUCUAUCUUUAACUUGUGCAUUGUAAUUCAAUCGAGCUAUUUUUAAUGGAAGUAUAAUUAUGUUAAUUGUCAACAAAUUUGCAGCAAGUCAUUGCAUAUUUUGAUGAUUAAUUACAUUUAGUUGGUGAUAUUUUAUGUAGAGUUUAAAUUUCAAAGAUAUUUAGGAUGUUUAUUUAUAAUUUAUUUAUUAUUUUAUUAUGGAACGGUUUUUCGGUUGAACCACGGUUAGACCGGUUAGACUAGUGAACUAGUGACUAGAGCGGUUUGAUGACCGGUCCGGUUUUCAGAACCUUGCUCACCAUUUCAUUUUCCCAUCGAUUCCAGCAUCACCUGCCACAACGCUGGCUAACGGAACCACCGUUUCCGCCGGAAUCCUGACCCUAAUAGCACUCUUCACUCUGAGUCUCUGACUCUAGCUCUCGAAAUCUCGCCAGCUGUCCACCUAGUUGUCCAGAUCUCCGGUAACCUAGCUUCGUUUUCUUCUACUGAUUUUGGUUUGUUCUUCUGAAAACCAGUUCAAACCGGUCAGUUGAACCGGAAACGAAUCGGUCAUAUAUCAAAACCGAAAGAUUCAGAAACCGUCGUUGGACCGUCGAACCGGUCGGGAAUCGGACGGUCUAACCGAACCGAGACCCGGCCGGUUUUCUGAAAUUUGCUCAAAACGGUGCCGUUGGUUAGAGGAACCCUAACCAGUAACCAAAACGCGCAGCACCUUCUUGGCCUCUCCUCUCUCACAGUCUCACUCAGUCACUCUCCUCCUUCCUCUCUCACAGUCUCCUCCUCACUCCCUCACUUCCCUCUCUCUGCCCUCUGAACAAACACACUGAAGAACGCAGAGAAGAGAACUCGAAUGCAGCUUGGAGGAAGCACCGAAGCAGCCCUCUCUUGUCGCCGUUCCUCAACGUCCAGCCACCGCCGCCGUCCGCAUUGCUACAGCUUCGGCGCAACGUCGCCCUUGUUCGCCGCGCAUCCGCCUCCUUUUUGGCCAAGCUUCUGCCUCUGUUUUUUGGCCAACCCUUGUUCUGCCCUUUUUGACCAACCCUUGUUCGAGCUGCUUAGCCCUCUGUUCAGUCGUCUACGCCGCGUGUUUGAUCCUCUGUUCAGCCUUUGUUCCGCCGCCUUUCAGCCACGGUUCCGCCAUUGUUCAGCCUCCAUUCAGCCAUCUCCGUCACGAUUUAAAGCUCCUCCCUCUCCCUGUACUGUUUGAAUUUCAGAACUGCUCCAUCAUAGGCUUUUUAUACAUGGAAACCAAGUCAUUUGAGGAACCUUCUUCCACCGACGAUGAGGUCUACUUGCAAAAUGCAAGUGAUGAAGAUGAUAAUGACAGUGCCUUUUCCUCCAGUUCCACCACCAAGUUACAGUUCAGGUACGUGAAAUCCAAAGCUGUUUGGAAUGAUGAGAUGGGAAUGGCCGAAGUCAUUGAAAAUCGUGGCAAAACAUGGGUCACAACUGGGAUAGUUCGAAGUGGCAAGGUUUAUUCUUCCAUUGAGGAGUCUUUGUAUUUGAUGGAGAUAGGAGCCUUAGAUCUCUUAGAUGAUUGUGAAAGAAGCAUGUCCCUAAUGGAUAUGUAUGAAAAGAUUGCUGGAGGUAAGAGUGGGUGUUGCUGGGAGAUGUUUGAGGUUUACAGGCACCUCAAGUCUCUUGGCUACAUAGUUGGGCGGCACGGCGUUGCUUGGAGUUUGAAGGGAAUUAAAAGUUCCCAUAAGGCUGUUGAUGUUGCCGAAGAAACCGAACAAGGAGUAGACUUGAUGAGCUCCAAAUCCGAGCUUUCCAUCAAUAAGUUAUUAAGUGAGAUGCAGAUUAAUGGUUCAAGGCCAGAUUUCGAUGUUUAUCUUCCAAACAGUAGGUUUAGAAAGUCUUCCCCGGGUGAUCCUAGUUUUCUGCUAUACUUAUCUCGGGGUGAUCCACCAUCUAAAGCAGAAACAGAAGCUCUUGAAAAACAAUGUGGUGGCCUUCCUUUGAAGAUUGGCUUAGUCACGGAGGGACGGGUCAGUUUCUUUUCCUUUGACAAGGUGGAACUUCCUCUUCUACCCUGAAAAAGUUGAGAAACAAGGAUUGCUACAAGAGAAUCACACUUUUUGCUUGUAGCUAUUUAUUAAAGUUUCUAAUAUGUAUCAAGUGGUACACUAAUAUUGUAAAUAUGUAGUUGUAGGUUAUGUUUAUUGGAGUGAUUGUGUUUGGCCUUUUUGGUACCAGAUGUUUGAAUAGUCAUUAUUUUCCUUUCAAUUAUCAUGAAAAAAAAAUGGGAACCAGUUCCAUAUAAUAUA